AUGGUGUCAAAGGCUACCAAAAACUGUGCAUGGGUUGUUGUGCUUACAAGCACAAACAAAUAUGUCAAAGGAGUUAUUGUGAUAGCAAAUGCACUCAGACAGCUCAAGAGCAGUUAUCCGCUUCUUGUUCUUCACACACCUGCCGUGACAGACCAAGCCUUGGACCAACUAAAGGAAGCUGGGUGUCACCUUAAAUCUAUUGAGCCCAUCAAGCCACCUGGAAAGACUAGCUACUUUACAGAACGUUUUACGGAAACAUGGACAAAGUUGGCUGUAUGGGAACAAGAAGAGUACGACCGCCUGGUGCUUAUGGAUGCUGACAUGCUGCCACUUCAAAACAUGGAUGAAUUGAUGGAAAUACCGAUGCCAGAAGGUUGGAUUAUGGCCUGCCACGCCUGUACAUGUAACCCUCAAAAGAUAAAGGCAUAUCCAGACAGCUGGACUCCUGCCAAUUGUCCAUAUACUGGUUGUACAAAAUCUACACCGGAACCGGCUAGUACGGCACAGUCCUAUUUCAACAGUGGUCUGAUCGUUCUUCAACCAAGUCAGGCCAAGUUUGAUGAGAUCCUCCACCAACUGAUGACUGUGGAAGAUUUGACUGUAUAUCUGUUCCCGGACCAGGACUUUUUAAACCAGGUUUUUGACCAAAAGUGGGUGAAGCUGCCUUAUAUCUAUAACGCACUCAAAACAUUGGCUGGCACACACGAGGCAAUGUGGGACCAAACAAAGGUUAAGAACGUGCACUAUAUCUUAUCAAAGCCAUGGGAUGCCAAUAGGGAAACUCCACAGGAGGGUGAGGAUGUAUAUUAUCCACUUUAUAGAUUAUGGUGGAAUACCUACGAUAGCAUUCAAGCGAAUUAA